AUGAAUUCGACAGAACCCUCGGCAACGGGAAUGAAUUCGCCUACGGCUGGCUACAUAGCCAUCGUAAUUGCUGCUAUCGGUUUCGGAACCAAUUAUCUGCCCGUAAAAAAGUUCAAGAUGGGUGAUGGUAUGUUGCAUUUCUGUCCUUGAACGCAAUAUCACAUUAGUCAUUUGCACAAAAUGCGCCAUGCAGUUAUAAUCAGUGUUGUUUGAGCAAGCUGCUUUACACCAUUUUGGGUUGAGUAACUUGCUGAAGUAACAAAAAAUGCAUCUUUUCAGAGGAUGUGCUCCAUUGGUCUAUCUGCCUGAAAUGUCCAAGGAACAAAGUAAUCAAUUCCAUACGUAGUCUUGCUUGGGAAAAUGAAAAAGGAAACAGAAAACAGUCUCUCCUCGGCAUCUGCAAAGGUGUUAUACCGCGCUCUCGAACAUGUACUAGCUAAAGGCCUAGUUAUUUCCUAUGGUGGGAGUACGGCAUAACACCUUUGCCAUACAGAUUUUAUACUACUUGUAGUACUAUUCGUUUGCAGAAAGGACGUCACGUGGCCACUCCACAGUAGUCGAUCGUUUUUAACUCAAAUGCUUUUUUUAAUUUUGGGCCCGACACUAAAAAGUCGUGUGCCGGACACUUAACUCCAUGUCUUGCACUUAACAGCCUCUGAAAUUAUUAACUCGAUCGGUGAGCAUCCCUCUACCAUUAUAUAUGUACAGGAAUCAAGUGACCUGUGGGUACGGAAUUUUUUACGGAGGCAGUUAUCUUGGCAUUUACAAUUAUUUCACAUGCGAAAAUGUAGUAGGUAAAUAUGCCACACACACACUUCAUGUGUCGUGCACUUUUACCCUAAGAUAUAUUUACCGAAACCUCUACCAAACUCACGGUUGGUCCCCUACACGAAAGUAAAUUUUUUUUGCAGAAAACUAAUUCUUGCAUACGAAAAAGACUGUAGUUUACGUUUUGCCUUUUUAAAACACUCGUCAAAACCAUAUCCCAGUUACUGUCUGUGGAUAAGCGGACAUAUUUGAAAACGCACAAAGCAGUUUUUCCAUUAGUGCAGACUUGUCUUCUAAAGGAAGCUUUGUAUUUACAAAUUGAUUCUCACUCACAAAUCGAGUUGCGGGUUUUCCUCUAUAUUUGUUAUAAGGUUUGCUUUUCGAAGUUAACACUUAGGGUUUCUUAUAUAUCCUAACUAAAAUAGAAAGAUUUGUAUGGAUACGUAUGUGUCUGCCCCUGAAAAUCUGCUACAAUGAAUGUAAAAUGCCAUUUUGUUGAGCGCUGACAGAAAGGUAAACUUGCGUUUUCUGCUUUUCUGCGAGCUUGAUGGGAAUUAAUUAGUCCUUUGCGACGACAAUUAUUAAACAGGAAACGUCUAGUUUGAGAUGUUUAAUCAGCACUUUUGAAACUUGUAUACAGCUGAAGCAUUUAAAUCUCAAAGACCAAGAUUUCAUCUGUUCCAAAACAUGCUCCUACAAGGGAUUGAACGAAAAUAUGUUAAACGUUCACUCGAUCGUGCUGAACGCCCGUUAUCAUCCGGAGCUAAGUCAAACGGACUAAAAACCUACGAAAGUAGCACUUCCACUCGGCAUUGUUUCUCCGGCUUAACCAAAGUCGACUAGUUUAGCAAAAACGAAAAACGUGCGAUUAUUUCGUCGAGUGAUUCAAGAAGAAAUAGCAUCUUCUUGAAACUUUGUGUUCAAAAAAGCAGUUUUUAAAAUCAAAGGUCCUAAUUUGAAAAGAGUUUUAACAUGUACUGUAAACGACGUACAUUCUUUUUUGAAUGUUUAUUGAUUCUGUACAAACAGUAUGUAAAUGAUUUUUAUUAAAUUACAAUAUUUUGAAGGGCUAGGAUGCCAAGGUCAAGGUCGGAAACGCCACCAAAUGAUUAGCUGACUCGGGUCAAAAUGUCAGGUGCGAAGAGUGAAGUUGGGAUGUCACUGGGUGAUGACAGCAAACAAACCAAAAAUGGCCAUUUCACUCCUGAUCCCCAGUUAUCGAAUUGGUGAACUGUAAACUCUAGGCUCAAAAGCUGAGCAUAUUUUACUAGAUCAGUAUACGCGUCUUCCGUAUGAUGACUUCUAUUUUUCAAAGUCUGAAUCAUAAUAAGGUAAUUUUCUACAGAAAAUGGUACCCUAGGGAAUUCCGGUCGAUAUGUAGUUAACUUUCAUGACUUUUGCUUGUGAGUCUCUCAGUGCCGAAAAAGGACAGCUUGUUUUAUUUGGGCACGUAAGAACCUGCUUUUUCACAUAAUUACCGACGCGGUUCAUAGUUCUAGCAUAUGCGUCAUUCCUUAAACUGAUCAAUCGAGAGUGCUUUCCUGAAAGUCGUCUCUCCAAACUCUGUAAAAACCUUAGCACGCUGCGCAUUUUCUGCCCGAAACCAGUAACUUGUUGCGCCCUUGGUUUAGGCAUGUUCUUCCAGUGGAUCAUGUGCAACGCCAUCCUUCUUGUGGGUCUCAUUGUCAAUUGUGCUGUUGGAUGUCCAAAGUUCUAUCCUCUUGCAAUGCUUGGCGGUGCUCUAUGGGGGACAGGUAUGAGUUGUGGAUUAAUAAUUCUUUAAAUUUAUGCGUCAGAAGUCCGUUACACAGCAACUCUCGUGGUAAAUGGAGUUUUUGUUAUACAGUUAGGUGACAGUCAUUCUAGGCAGUAGAGCACUCCACCGCUAGUUUUAUUACCAAAAUAAUAAGCUUCCAUUAUCAGGUGGAUAGUACUUAACAGUUAAAUCUGUGCACGCCGGAUAAAACGGCGGGUCGACUUUCGUUACGAGAUCACUGGAGGAAAAUUAGCAAGUCUUGCUAACCGGUUGUCUAAGACUUCCUCGAUUAAUAUUUACCAAAAAUGCCGUCGAGAUAAAAAGCCGUUGGCCCUGUUUUAAUGGAAAUCGGGGGCAAAAAUAAUUUUGAAUAAUAAGUCAGAAGAAAAUAGACACAGUACGGCGCUUUUGAAGAAAAAGAUUUUCUUGGCGAUGGAUUGUUUGUCUAGAAAAUAAUCCAUAUAAAUGCCUCAUACAAAAUAACGGACGUGUACAGAAUUCCUCAAACAUAUUCAAGAAGCUUUUGUCUAAUACACUUAGCUAAACGCAAACCAAAGCCUUUGCGGUCAUGCGUUGAGGAAACAUCUACCGCGAAAUAAGCUCUUAAGGCAGUACUUUAUGAAAUAUUUGGUUAGGAAGUUUAUUUCGAUGUAGUUCGCUGAGCUGAACAUUUGCCUUUCAAAAAACCAGUGAAUAAAAAUGGCCUAAUGAUUAUUUCAUAGAUGUUUUGGCAAAUUCUGAAUAAUUCAUAUUAACCCAACUAUGAAAAUCUCGGCGCCUCGAUGAGAUUCGAACCCACGACAGUAAGGGGAAGGCUUUGGUACAGCCACCGCUCUAACCACUUGAGCUACGAAGCCCCGCGGACGAGGCGAGCUUAGUCACAUUUGGGUCAAGUUAUCUGCCCAACCUACUUCAAUGUUUGGAAUCCACCAAAUCUGAUACAGUAAGUUGACUGCCCAAGCAGGAUUCCCUAAGUAAUUCACAUAGAAUCCACGAGAUGACUACCAGGCUCAAGUAAUUCAUAAUUCGCGUCAUCCGGCUGGGCCUCGCAGCUCAGAUGGUUAGAAUGUUGGCUGUACAACAGCCUCCCCCUACUGUCGUGGGUUCGAAUCCCAUCAGGGUGCCGAGUUUUUCACAGUUGGCUAAAUAUGAAUUAAUGAUUAUUUAUUGAUUUCUUCUUCUCAAUAAAUGGGUUUGGGUUUUAUUUCUGACUGACAGGAAAUGCCCUGAUUGUAACCAUCAUCGAGGCUAUUGGUGUGGGAUUGGGUAUUCUCAUCUGGUCAAUGGCAAACAUGCUCUUCGGAUUUGCAAGCAGCAGGUAACCUUCGUCAAUAAACGUGACCAUUCAUAAUUUUAUGACCUCCCUCGUUUCUGUCUUCUAGUAGUUUUACUGGGCAUGAAGCGUAGUACUAGUUUUUAACUGUAAGCGAGGACUACUACCGGGAAGGAGUACACAUGGCUUAGGAGACCCAGAAAAAAAUGCUCCUAUGUAAUGAUGUUAGAUAAAUUACUUGAACUGGACUCAUAGAAAUAGCAGUUUCCACGGUCAUUUCCGAGUUUUCAGGAAGAAUCUAGCAUAGCACUGGGUACAAAUAAGGGCGAAUCAUUAUAACCGAGAAUGUGAGACUUAGUGCGUUCAUCGGUAUCAUUUUCCCCUAGAAGAGUCGGUCAAGGAAAACAUGAGCGAUAUAACAGAUGGAAAGACAUCAUACGCUCUUAAUGUCCCUUGUCUUGUUCCGUAAUGCCAUUGGGUCAGGGGAGAGUAUUAGUUAAUUCAUUAACCCGCCAUAAGAACGUUCAUCGGAAUUCAGACCCGAUAUUGUCUUAUUUCGUUUAGGUUUGGUUGGUUCGGCAUUCCUUGCAAAAUCCCCUCAAAACCGGUGAUGAACUAUAUCGGUGUGGGUAUUGCUCUCGGAAGGUGAGUAGCCGUUCUUUCAUUCUCCUUCCCAUGAUAACUAAUUUAUUCCACUCUUCUCUACCAUCCCAUGAACCGUAUGAAACAGUGGGCGUUCAGAGGAAAUAAAACCCAAAUCUCUAACUUUUCUGGCCGGAAUGCAGAAAAUGCUUCUUGAGAUCUGGUAUAGGCCAACAAAACCAAAGUUUUUAGGGGGUUAAUUGUUUUAGCCACAUGGAUGCUUUCUCAUACAUCAACUACUGGAAAAUAGGCGUGUUCGUACACAGCACGGUAAGACAUGAUUAUCCAGCCGCACCUGAUGGACACAAUACUGCUGGGAUUUUGGUUGGGGGUUAGGGUUAGGGGCUAGGUUAGGAGUUAGGACAACGAUUUCUCAACCACACAAAGUGCAACCGCGCGUUACCAAUAGCUUUCCUCUUGCAUACAAUUACUUGACCUCGUCGCCUGUGCGUUCCCCGGCCCCACCUGUAAAAACCCCUAUUGCCACCGGUUCCGUAUUACAGGUGACUGGGGUUUAUUUGGCUCAGGUGCGGCUACAUAACCAUAUCUGACUCACAGGCUCUGUGACAGGGAAACAAUUGUCCCCCGUACUAAAAAUGAUCUUGCGCUAAAUGGCAAAGAGUUACUUAUUCAGUUGUCCCAACUUUAGCUCUAACCUUAACCCUGCUAACCGAAAUCCCAACCUUAGCACUAACCCUACUAACAUGAACCCCUACCAUUCUGUAGCUAAGUUUGGGGUCAUAUGUGCCCUACUCGCUGCUCAGGCAGUUUGAUGCUUGCGGUCGGCCAGAGGGUUACUAAAAUAGCCGAACCAAUGUUUAAACGGGACCUUCCAGUCAGUUCGUACUUGCCUCAGCCGAUCGAACCUUUAUUCGCACGGGACUAUGCGCAUGCAGUUGACUGAAAUUCUGAAAUGUGCCUACAAUUCCAAAAAAUUACUUAAGCAGGGUCAUAAUAUUAAUGAGCAUCGCGCAUACUGUUAAUAUAUUCCAUUCAUAGCAGGAUUCCGGCUUUUGAAUGAACUCCGUCCCGGCCGUGUGCAAAUACUAUAUUUCAUAAGAAGUGACCACUUAAGCAGCGUGAAUUUUUCCUAGUGAUUUUAUAUGCCCUUACAAAUUCAAAUAUAUUUUAUAGCAAACAUCCAUAAAAAUAUUUCCUAUCCGCUCAUUUCGUUGCAGAUAGAGGCUUCUGCAAAUUCUAUACUUGCAGAAAGAACGUUCUUCGGUUUUAAAAAACCCCCUUCAUUCCCGAAUAAUUAUGAACCCAACUUGCCGUCACACUUGCAUCCAGGGUUUCGUACAAGGGAAAUCACACAUUUUUACAUGUUAUUACGAGGAGGAUAUGUAGGGCUCAUGAAAUUUUUUCAAUGGAAGUAGACCGCGUUGUCCACUUCAUAAGCGGCAUUAGAAGUGUGCUGAUGCGAUUUUGCACGAUUGGGCAUUUCACGUUUUUGAAUAAUCUCACAACUAAAAACUUCGUUAAACCCAAAUGAACUCCUUCAUCGAGUACAAAAUUUUAAAAAGGAUAUUCGCUACCAACUGAGUAAAAGAAAGAGUGGUUUUGUGUACGUUUUUUAUAAAAUACAUUUAAAUUUGUAGGAGCAUAGAAAAUCAGUAGGGACAAUUCGCACUAAUUAAGUAGCCAUUUUCAUAAAAUAUAAUUUACAGAGGUGGAUGAUAAGGAACUCGUUUGGAAGCCGGAGUCCUGACGUGACUGGAAUAUCCUAAUAGUGUGUGUCAUGCUAAUUAAAAUUACAAUCCUACUUAAGUAAACUUCCAGAAUUGAAAACGUAUUUCAGAAUUUCAGCAAACAUUGCAUGACACAGCAUAUCUACUGUACUUGCCUCCUUUACUUACGAAUCUGUAGGAGACGAAAUAACUGCUGCAUCGAUCUCGCCUAAUUAUGUCGUUAUAGCACCGUUUUUAAUUCGGUUGUCUUGUGGCUUGGAAAGCAGUCGCCUCUUCCUGAUGGCUGCUGUCAUAUUUUGGAGUUUGUUUAGUCUGGGGAACCAGAUAUGCUGCCGUUGGUCAACAGUGACGUGAAUAAACGACCAAUCGAAUUUGGUCAGUACAAAUGGAAGGGAGGCGGCACUGGUGGCGCUAGGGCUUGGCAAUUUUAAGGACCUGCCAGCCCCAAAGUGUGCACCGUUCACGCUGUAUUCGCGUGUAUAUACCUGUUUCCGACCACGGGCGUGUCUACCGGUUGAAGCUGAGCGCAGCGUUCGUAUCCCGGUAAUUGUCUCGAGUGGCGGCCGAAAACAAACAUGAGACCUUGUCCGGCUACUGUAGGCUCAGCGGCUGUCUCGCGACAGCUUCAGGCGUGUACAGUAUCUUCUAACCGCAAGUGUCCCCCACUUCGAGAAAGGCCAAUUUAACUUGCAUGUGAAGAUGGGUCACUGGGUGGAGGAGAAUGCGACCAUCACUGAGCAUCUUUCUUUUAAUAGACAGGUCGUCUUUCGUCCUUUUCGUACAAGACACUUCAGUGAAAUUAUAUUUCAAGUCUCUUGCUGACGAGGGGUUGUCUAUAACUGUUACAGGCGACUCAACCUGAUUCGAAUAGUGUUCUCUCUGCAUGUAAGUAGUCAGGGUUUUAGGUCACCAUAGCUAAUAAACACUGCUUGUCCGUAACGGGGUACGGGGCUAAAAAUAUGCCUCAAAACUGUCUACUUACAUCUCCUGGUGAGCUGAUAGUAGUUUUCCGGACGGCAUUAACUGUUGGAACACAGAAAACACGCCCAAUGUCUGCCCGACUUUCAGCCCUUAGUCGGAAUGGCGUCACUCGCAUUGUUGGUCCUGAAAGCGCCUGCUCACCUAAACAGAUUCCGCGACGGACUAGUCAAUCCUAUAAAUUCUGGCAUCUACACACUUCGAUAGCCAGCUGUAAAGACUUGAAUUCAAGCGCAAAGGGGACUAUAGGCGGACAUACGCUUCGGUCAUGGGUACUCUUAUUAAGAUAGUAGGUGUAGAGAAAUUCGGCUGAGUGGGGCGUGUUCUGUCGUCAUAGAAUUCGCAACAGCGGAUACCUACUGGCUAAAAGUCUAUGGAAGCUGUAUUUUUUAUCGGAGGAAAGACUACGAUUGCGGCAAAAAUAUUGGAGCAUACAUAACUCUUGACUGGACCUCGCAGAAGAUAUACGACGUUAGUUGCUAAAUGAGGGACUACAGUAGGUGAUCCACCCUAGGAAUUCUCAACUGCGAUGCUGAAAGGCGUUUUUGACCAGAAAGGGUUACGUAACUGAUGUUGUGAUAUUUCAGUCACGGCAGGUUGCUAGCUCUCAAAUUCAAUUCUCUGAGGUCACCUGCACCAAAUAAGUACACUGAGUGAAAGGUGGCUUCUUAGCUAACAGAAAUGUAUUCCCCUGACUGUCGAUACAUUAUUAAAUUCCAUUAAAUUUUAAUGGAAAAUAGGCGCACUGGUCGUUUUCUUGCAUGUAUUUGCAUGCAAGACAAUUAUAUCUUCAAAUUCCACAUUCGCAGAAGGCACAGCUGUCGAUUUAAAGAGAAACCGAUGCUAAUUUGCAAAUGAUUGCAAACAAUACCUGUUUCUGUGGUUUUGAAACAACAAACUCUGUUCUUUUUAUGAAAAGAAAAUCACGCAUAUCUUUAUGGCAUUAAACAAAUAUCAUACUAGGCCUAUGCAGUUUUGCAGCGGAUAUGAACGAUCCUAUACGAUACUAUUCGAGUGGACAUCUCGCGAUCUCGAUAAUCUCAUUAUAGUAAAAAUUUUCUAGACCAAAAGUUACCAUUUCUGCGAGUAUAAAAUUCAAAAAUAUAAGUUCUCAUCAAAUGAGAAAAAGAAAGUUUAUUUGUGUACAUGCUUCCCAUAAAAUAUCGUUCAGUUUGUAAGUUCAUCGCAAAUCCCCAUUAAUUAAAUAGUCGCUUUUUGCCAAGUGUGGGUUUAAAAGGCUUCCGGAAAGAAACGAAUUCGAAAGUUAUUACCCUGACAGGACUGAAGUAUGUUAAAAUUCGCUUGUAGAUAAUCAGUGUGACCAAACCACAUAAGUAACCCCCUCUAAUAGGGAACAUCUAUGUCAUAAGAUUUUAGGAGUUCAUCUGUGAAUUGCUCUGAGAAAUCUAGUAGUAUGGAUAUGAGUAAAGAAACGACAUAAAAGAAGACCAUUAUCUCAUUCGCGGAAAUUGUGAUUCCUCUCAAUUGAUCUAGAAACCUGAGAGGUUGGCAAUCCCUGAGGUUUGAUCCCUCUACCUGUUGCUUCGAAGCCCAACAGCCUAACCAUCGAGCCAGUUGGUCGUUGUCCUAUCGGUUGCGAUCAGGCGUAUAUAACGGUAGGGGAGUGCCCACGUUUGUCUUUGUCGAUAAUGUCAUUCUAUCCAUCUUACGCGCCAUUGUGAGGUAGCUGGAGGGGCCAAAGAGAGAGCGUAAAAACGCAACGGGACGAGUGAGUUACGUAAUACGACCGUUGAGCGCCUCUUUGCCAUCGUACAUAUAUGCAUAUAUAUCAAACGGAUAAUGUCAGAAAUUAUUCAGUGCAGAACAUGGAGUUAAGUCUCCAGGGCAUUACUUUUUUACGGUCAGACCUGAAGUUUCGGGAGUACGGUACAACACGUUUGAUAAUGUAUAUAUAGAUAUAUCAAGAGAAUAACUUCAGAAAUUAUUCGCUUAAUUCUUCUUUGGAGUUCAUAUACGAGAAGCCGCAUCGAAAACGCAGGAGACCCACCGAGGAUCCGAGCCCCUCGUAGCUGUUUCAUGCAGCGGAAGAAUACCUGCGAAACACGUGUUCAGGCUUUUAGUUAGUACCUAUGUAGGGCGUGCGGUAUAAAAGCUUUGCCAUAUAUAUGUGCAUAGCCACCGAGAUGAAGCAUUGAACAUGACGCAUAUUUGUCGCUGAUCAUUACCAUCCCCAGUGUAUGGGCACCAGAUUAAUAUGCAUCCGUGUUCGCCCAAUGCCAAAAUCAGUCUGGCAAUGUGUACACCCUCAUCGUCUGUCUCCUUAGCAAUGCUUGCAUUAGCACUCAAAAGUCCGAACUCGAUUACACAACCCUAGAAGUUUAUAAAGUGUUCCUGAGAGUCAAAAGGUUAAUGGAGGCUAUUUUCUGGUUUAUGUUACAUCGGAAUGCCAUCCUGUUGACGCUUAUCCCUUUCAGUGUCCUCAUUUACGCCGCCAUCAAGCCAAAUCAAAGCGGCGAGAAAGAAUCGGACCUCCCAAUGCGAGACAUGAUGAAUGAAAGUGCUGAAACUAUAAGCGAGAAAGAGCUGGAGAGCAGUAAAGGUUGUUCGCGAUUUUGCAAACCCGUCAGCAAAAUGCCAAUGAUUCAGCGAAGAAUCAUGUAAGAGUUGCAGUUUAAGACAUUUUUUCGAUCUGCCAAUGUUUGUGUGUUUUUAUUGUUCCAUCGAGAUACUUAAAACUCGCAUAAUAGUUCGGCCGUCGAGUUCGACGAUGUUUACCGUGUACUCCACAGAUAGGUAGAGCAGGCACGGUGACGUGCGCGUGAAUUAGUUUACAGUGAUAGCAGACUUGCACAGCGUCUACCGCACUCUCGCCUCCUCUCCCACCUGGACCCGCUGUCAAGACAGAGUCAAGAGGACCGGAGGCGGUGGAGGGCGCAGGUGGAUGACACGGUUGAGCCCGCAUCUUGGCGCUCCACCCCGUACCUCCUGGUCCACAUAGCAAAUAACCAGGUUUUUGAUCAACAACCACAAUGGGGGAUGGUAGGGGUCCCAGUGUGCGCAACAACUGCCAACAUUCGGGUCUGUCACCGCACCCCGAGAUGUGGACAUUUUUUAUGGCGCGCAAUCCGAAAACGCAUGCCAGAAUCGGAUAUGGCCCCCGUGUUGGUCCAGCGCAUCUACCACUUGCUCCGUUCGGGAGGCGCAACACUACACUUCCCUACUCCAUUGGGAUACACGAUAAACAAACAGACAGGCGCAAACGCACACAAUUCGACCAACGCUCUCUCUUCACUCACUCUCCUGCGUCCAGUCAAGACGACAGGGGGCGGGUUCAGACGCAGUGACUGGCAAAAAUAAACGUUUCGUCUAAGCGCGUCAAACACGACCUGAUCCCACCCCCCCAUAAUGUACCAGGCUCUCCCAGAGACAAGUGGUAGCCUAGAUGUUAUCGGAGUGGGAAGGCGGCCUAGAGCCCUACUCACCGUCCCGUAAGAACCAAGUUAUCCCAUCAGCUGGCAGUCUUCCAAGUCACGACAUUUAGCGUGUCAUCUUAAUUUUAAAGCGCGUUGACCUUUACAGUGGCAAGGAAUGGGCCGAAAGGGUUGUGGAAAUGGAUCCCGCAUAGUCCCCCUCACUCUCUCUUCCCCCUCACAUUCCCUAGCCCACAGUGCGAGCCGUUGGAAAUCUGAUGCUGGGACUAGGCGCAACUGCCCCUCCCCCCCCCAACACACACAUACACGCACGACAGUUCGAACGUCGAUUCCGACAAUGUCCACCGCGUUCUACACAGCUAGGUGCAGAAGGCAGGGUAACUUGCUCGUGAACUAGUUUGUAGUGAUAGUAAACAUUACGAAUCAUUUACCUAUUUCUCCCUUCACCCACCUGAGUCCGGUGUCAAGACAGAGUCAAGAAGGCCAAAGGCGGGGGAACGGGCAGGCGGUUGGCACGGCCGGACCCCCACCUAAGCGUGCUAUCACACCCUCUGAUCUACAACAUACGCUUGAUCAGGAUUUUUCACCAACAGCAACGCCCCAAGAGGGGUCAGAAGGACGAGGAUGAUGAUUGGGGAACCAUGCCCACCACCUGUAUACACAGCGGAAGCGCAAGCGCAUCUACCGGCAGGGAACCAGGUGCCAGGGGACUGCCAGCGCAUACCAGACUGCGAGGCCAUGGUUUGAUGAUACUGGCACGGCACACACUUUCAGACAUUUUGGCUGCAGAUAAAUAAUUGACAGAACACACGACUGUUACUGGUGCGGGAAGCUACCUAAUUGUCCGUGGCAGAACACCACGUUUUCAGUUUUCUGAAGCGUGUUCUGAAUGGGUUCUAGAGGACUGCACUACUAUAUGAAAAAUAACAUUUGUAGGGUAUUUUUUAUGAAGGUGUGUCUGAUCUCACUGGCCUGAUAAAGUUGCAUACUCUUCCCAGGAGACAUUUAGAAGACCACGACAAAAGCCAGUGACAUUAAGUGCAUCACAUGCACUUAGAAAACUGUUUAACAUUUCAGCGGCAUCGUCCUAUCCAUUGGUGCUGGUGCGCUUUUCGGCAAUACCUUCGUUCCCACAAUUUACAUUCAGGGACGAUAUGAAAAUGCGAGUCAGCAGGGUAAGCAAUAUUUUGCCAAAAUGUCUGACAAAUUUGUACUGUAGUACUCUUGGUCUGUUUAAUGACUACCUCCUGACAGACAGGAAUAAUUAAUUAUCUGCCGAAGGUUGUCGACUGACAUGUGAUUGCAUUCAUCGACUGAAAAUGGCUCAAGCCUUCGUUUUCUCUGUUUAUUUUUUACUUACGGUUUAUAUUGGCGCGCGCGGUGUAGGUUUUGAUUAUUGAAUCUCUUCAUCAGAAAUUGCCACCGAAAAAUUGCCAGACAUUUGGGGACUUUUUGGGCACCCUUUUCACAGAAGGCAAAAUAAUAUGAGGUAGUACCUUGCUAAUGGCCUAUCCAAAACAAACACAUUUUACGCACUUUGCGGGGAAUUACGUUUUGUUGAGGCCAAUUUUUAGGGAAAAAGACAGUGAAUCCAUGGGCGCUCCCUAGGCCGACAUCGCUUUCGGUUAUUGUGCAUACGGCUUUGAGCUUAAUGCAUGUAUAGUAAAAUAUCUAGAACGUAGAUGAAGAUGGCCAUUUCUGUCAGCCGGCAUUAUUCAACUCCAGGUCCGCAGUCAACGAAAUUAAAAAAUCGUACUCUUCCGCCAUCGUGCUUUAUUAGAUUCAACGCCUAUCCUUCUUCGUUGCCCCUUCCCCUGAUCCCUGACGGGACCGGACUAUAAUCAGCCCUGGUUUCUGACAUAUCCGGCCGCCUUUAAUUACCUCGCGCAACACUACUGCUCAUUUGAUAUUUUUCAACUAUCUCUGUUCUGCCCAGAGUUAAUUAUUUCACUGGGCAGACCCGAUGGAUGCUAAUUGAAAACGCUCGUCUAUCGACUUUGACUUAAGCGAAUGCAAUUGCUAUGGAGUCUUCAGCGAUAUCACAGCCCGAGUAGAAAUUGAACAUUAGGCAAAUGCACAGACGUUUGUUCUAUUUAUAACUUGUUUGUAAUGUAGAUAACUUUAUACAUAAACACAUGAGCACAUAAAAAUAUUAUGUAUCGAGGAGAGACGUUUUACCACAAAGAGACCACAACAGCGCAAAAGAUGCUUAGAAUCACAGAGAAUAUUCUCAGUCCUGUUACUACGUUUCAUGAAAUCACUUAAGGUUACGUUCCAUACCGAACAGCACUGAAACGCGACUUGAGUAUUCACAAUUGUGCCAAGGCUUAUUUGAAGACUCCGCUCAGCGUCCUACCUCUGCACUUUUCGGUUAGGUACACCAAUAGCAUCCACUUGUCUUUUAUCUUUAGGGCUUGAUUAUGUAUUUUCUAAUUUCGUUGGAAUUUGGACCGCCUCCACCGCAAUCUUCGUCAUCUACGCCUGUGCCAAGCGCAACCAACCCUGGAUCCCCGCUCCCAGUGCCAUUUUGCCGGCACUUGUCAGUGGAGUCCUCUGGGCAGCCGCGCAGUCGGCCUGGUUUGUGGCCAAUGCUGCCCUAGGUGAACCCAUCACCUUCCCCAUCGUGACAACCGUGCCAGCUCUAAUUGCCACAAUCUGUGGCCUGAUAUUCUUCAAGGAGAUCACAGUGAGUUUGGCGAGUCAAAAUGUAUGCAUGAAGUUCAUAAAACUAUCCAAAUAUGCGCACUUUUAAUGAAUGCAUUCAAAUUCUCGCGGUUGGAUUCGUCGGCUACAAUUGCACCUCUUCUAUAUAAAUUGAAUAAAUCUGAAUAAUCAAUAAACCCUAUCCAUUUUACGGAUGGAUUUCGAUUGCGAACGGUAACUUUCACAGAGGUUACUGGAAUAUUUUAGAUUGCAGGCAACGUCCGUUGAUCACCAAUCGAAUUAAUUUAACUAACUCUAGGAUCAUUUCUCGUUUUUUUGGCAUGCUCCCACACAUUUUGACAUUUUAUUACUAGUUGUGCUUUCUUGGCAUCUGUUGCUGAUGCGAACUUUAGCUUUACAAGUUAGCGCUUCUUCGACGUUUCAAAACUCACUGCCGUUUUCGGAUAUGCGGUGUACUUGUCGGUUUUUAACUGAUUAUCCGUAUCGCAUACUACUGAAACUUCAAAUACCUGUCAGUCCGGCUUGGUUUUUUGGUGGAUAAAGGACCGCUUUCUUUAAUCUCCGCCCCAAAAACUUUCUUUCUCUACAAGUCGACUGGAAAUAUUGGUCCAACUCUAUUCCCGAAAGCGACUACCACGUGUAUUUAAAAAAUGAACAAAUGAAAGUAGAACAAAUGCAUAAUAUUUCUGCAGUUACGACUGAUUUUUGAUUCGCACUUAGUUCAUAAUUCGUUCUUGGCCAUUUUAUAAAAAGCUGCAAAAGAUUUUCCUGUUAACAAAUGCGCUUUGCUUUCCCCCUUCACUCGACUUAUACGUCCUAAGAGAGUUAAUGUGAAGACGUCGGAUCUUCUUAGAUAUUAGGAGUUGUAUUAGGUAAAUUGUGACAUACCGAUAAUUUCCAUGGUCAAACGUCAAUUUUGAGCACAAUAGGACUGGAUUUACGAUGGGCGGUCAGAAUAACUAUAUUACGGCCGGAUCUGCGGUGUGUAUACAUAUAUGUGUAUAUUUUGAAAAACAGGCAUCCCAAGAAAUAUAAUCAGAAAGAUGAAGUUCUUUGGGAAACAGCAAAAUUUUAUUGUGAAUUUUUGAGACUGGUUCCCCAGCUCGUCUUCAGACAAUGGGCGUGCAAAAACAAUUAACUUUUAACCUGAGUCUAGCAAAAGGAGUCAAUGAUUGGUUAAUAUUGUCAUCUCGGGAUUGGCUGACUCAGUUUGAAUCUGUCUUUAACGAUUUUGUAUGCGGCAUCUAAAUCGAUAUGCCGGUUGAUGCAUGCCUCAUCUGAGUGCAUUGCUUCCAGGAAUUCGCGGCCUUUUCUUGAUUGGCAGGCGCCAACAAUGCGAGUGUUCUCCCAUGCGAAUUUAUGCCCAGUGUCUAGUGUGUGCAUGGCCACCUGGGAUAAAUGGUCGCGUCUCUUCACCGCUAACUGAUGCUCAUGUAAACGGGUUGAGACAGAUUUCCCAGUUUGGCCACAAUAAACGGCAUCACAACUAGAACACGGGAUUUUGUAGACGACACCUUUUCUUUCAAGGUAGCCGACCCUGUCCUUAGGGUGCACGAGCUGUGUGCGUAAGGUAGUUGCCGGCUGGUGUGCUACGUGUAUCUGGUACUUUUUCAAUUGUCUUUCGACAAGUUCAGAUACAUUUUUGACGUAUGGCAGAGUUCGCCAUGUGGUUUGUUUUGGUGCCUGAGUGGCCGUAGUAUUGCACGCCCAUUGUCUGAAGACGAGCUGGGGAACCAGUCUCGAAAAUUCACAAUAAAAUUUUGCUGUUUCCCAAAGAACUUCAUCUUUCUGAAUAUAUGUGUAUAAUGGUAGGGGACGCUCACCGAUCGUUCAUACGGAACUCAAUCCUUCCGUUGUGUAUAUAGGGGCGGCAUGCACAAAUAACAGGGAGACUGGAACGAUAAUAUUUGCAUUAUUGACCAUCAAGCCCUCAGGUAUCCCUAGCCCAAGCUGAGCUGUACGAGUUCGUACCCGCAAUGAUAAUGGACUCAUCACGGUCUUUUAUAGAUAAUUUCAUGAUUGGUAGAGCGUCAAACUCCAUGACCAAAGAUCCCGGGCUCGAAUCUCAAGUGAUCCACACUUGGGAUUGGGUAUGACAGGCUGAUGAUGGAUAAUAAGCCAGAAAUGGCCAUUCUGGUCUCCCUUGUCAUUUUCGGUAUCACCUUAUCAACAUAUAUCACUAGUCGCUGUGCGACUGCCUGCGAGGGUUCUAAUAUGAGCCCACAGGCACAACAGAACGAACAUGUUCUAUAACCUGAUCGGUGAGCGCCCAUCUGUCAUAAUUGAGAUUCCCAAUCACAACCGACAGGACAACGGGCCCGUGGCUCAAUGGUAGAGCGUCAAACUCUAUGACCAAAGAUCCCGGGUUCGAGUCUCAAGUGAUCCACAUUUGGGGUUGGGUAUGACUGGCUGAUGAUGGCUAAUAAGUCAGAAAUGGCCAUUUCGGUCUCCUUUGUCAUUGUCGGUAUCACCUCAUCAACUUCAUGAUUGUUUAACGGAUAUAUAAUGCUAGUCACAGCUGUAUUGACUGGCAUACAUAAUUUCGCCCAGCGGGAAACAAUGAUUUUGUGCCUGCUAAUAGGUUAGGAUAAAGUAUGAUGCAAAGAAAAGAGCAUUAACGUCUAUUUCCUCGUAUUCUUUCAAGGGCCUUCGAAACUACAUUCUCCUCGGAUGCGCGUUUUGCGUAACUGCAGUCGGUGUUGCACUGAACGCUCUGUCUCGAUGA